AUGCAGCUCACCGCCGCUCCCCUCCUUGCCCUGGCCCUCGCGGGCUCAGUGGCCGCCGGACCUACCUGCCUCGGCCUCAACGCUGCCAUGAAGGCCAAGGGCAAGAGCCACGUCGGCACGGCGCUGACGCUCCGCGACAACGAGCCCCUCGAGGACGCCAUCCUCCGCAACCCGCACGAGAUUGGCGCCAUCACGCCCGAGAACGCGCUCAAGUGGGAGUCGACCGAGCCCGGCUACGGCAACUUCACGUUCCAGAACGCCGACGAGCACGUCGACUUUGCGCUGCAGCACGGCCACUCGCUCCGCUGCCACACCCUCGUCUGGCACAGCCAGCUCGCGCCCUGGGUCGAGGCCGGCAACUACGACAAUGCCACGCUGAUUGAGAUUAUGCGGAGCCACAUCUACACGGUUGCCGGCCGGUACAAGGGCCGCUGCAAGCACUGGGACGUUGUGAACGAGGCCCUCGAGGAGGACGGCAGCUGGCGCCAGUCCGUCUUCUACAGGACCAUCGGCGAGGCCUUCCUGCCCCUGGCCUUCAAGUUCGCGGCCGAGGCCGACCCCGACGCGCAGCUCUGGUACAACGACUACAACCUCGAGUACGACGAGGUCAAGACCAUCGAGACGGCCAAGCUGAUCGACCUCAUCCGGUCGUACGGCGCGCGCAUCGACGGCGUCGGUCUCCAGGGCCACCUGGUGGUCGAGCCCACCCCGACCCAGUCGACCAUCACCCCGCCCCUGGAGGUGCUCGCGAGCGCGCUCCGCCGCUUCACCGACAAGGGCGUCGACGUCGAGUACACCGAGAUCGACAUCCGCAUGAACACCCCCGCCACCCCGGAGAAGCUCGAGGAGCAGGCCGUCCAGUACCACCGCGUCGUCACCUCUUGCAUGGACAACGACCGCUGCAUUGGCAUUACGCUCUGGGGCAUCUCGGACAAGUACUCUUGGAUCCCCUACACCUUCGAUGGUGAGGGCGCCGCUCUCGUCUGGGAUGAUGACUACAAGAGGAAGCCCGCCUACGGUGGCAUCCUCGACGCCAUCUACGAGGCUUAA